AUGUUGUCCGGGGUUAAUAAGAGUGCAGGGUCACACUCGACCGGCCGGUGGCGAGCACCGGAGGCCGGGAGUGUAGCCCUGCCUGCGGCGGGGCUGAGCGGGGCGGUCAGCCCGGGCAGCGGCCGCCCCACCGGGACCCUCACCUCUCUGUUUCCUUACAGCAUGGCGGUGAAGUCGGGAGAGGAGCGUCUGAAAGAGAUGGAGGCUGAGAUGGCUCUCUUUGAGCAGGAGGUUCUUGGCGGUGGAGUACCAGGAAGUCCGUCCGUCAUGGAGCCGGUUCCUGUAGCUUUGGCCGUCCCAGCAGUGCCCAUAGUGCGGCCCAUCAUCGGCACCAACACCUACAGACAGGUCCAGCAGACCCUAGAGGCCAGAGCAGCCAGUUUUGUUGGUCCUCCACCACCAGCUUUCAUGGGACCAGUUCGUCCUCCUCCACCCCCCAUCAUGAGACCGGCCUUCGUCCCCCACAUCCUGCAGAGACCUGUAGGUCAAAGGAUGCCGAUGAUGCGUGGCCCUCCAAUAGCACCUCCUCUGCCCCGACCCCCUCCACCUCCUCCCAUGAUGGUCCCUCCCUCCCUGCAGGGUCCCAUACCGCAGGGCCCCUCUCAGCCUAUGCAGCACAUGGCAGCGGGUCCUCAGGUAGGUGAUAUGGGCUCAAUGGUGUCGAGCCCACCUCACAGACAGGGGCCUCUGCCCUCCAUCAAGCCCUCCCCAUCCAUCAUCCAGGCAGCCCCAACUGUGUACUCUGCUCCCAGUGUCUCUCAGGGGCAGAGGAGGGCGGAUGUCCGGGCUCAGAGACAGGCCAGAAUGGAGGAGCUGGCAGCCCGGGUUGCAGAGCAGCAGGCAGCAGUGAUAGCAGCAGGUCUCCUGGACAAGAAGGAGAACGACGACAGCAGCACCGUGAUUGGUCCCAGCAUGCCGGAGCCGGAGCCCCCCCACACUGAGGAGCCCAGCGGGCAGGACCCGCUGACCCCCGCAGCAGGAGCUGUGCUGUCUGAGCCCAGGCCACCCCCACCAGGGCUAGCAACAGCCCCCACCGCGGCUAGCAACAGCCCCCACAGGUGGGCCUCAUCCAGCAGGCCUGUUGAAAGUGCUGCAGAAGACAAGAAGAAGGGAAGGAAUGAGAAAGUGAAGAAGUGCAUCCGCACGGCCGCUGGGACGUCCUGGGAGGACGCCAGUCUGUUGGAGUGGAAUCCAGAUGAUUUCCGUAUAUUCUGUGGGGAUCUUGGUAAUGAGGUCAAUGACGACAUUCUGGCUCGGGCCUUCAGCAGAUACCCGUCCUUUCUCAAAGCUAAGGUGGUCCGAGAUAAACGCACUGGAAAGACCAAAGGCUACGGCUUUGUCAGCUUCAAGGAUCCAAACGAUUACGUCAGGGCCAUGAGAGAGAUGAACGGAAAGUACGUGGGCAGCCGACCCAUCAAACUCAGGAAGAGCAUGUGGAAGGACCGCAACAUGGAAGUGGUUCGUAAGAAACAGAAGGAGAAGAAGAAGCUCGGCCUCAGAUAG